AUGCUUAAAAUGACUACGAAAGAUUCUGAUGAAGAUCUGCAGGCGUCUGCACAGAGCGGUGUGGAGGAGAAUAUGAGAUCAGAACUUAGCAAUUCGAAAGCCCAGCCUCAACUCUGUCCUGUUGAAGAUCUGCAGGCGUCUGCACGUGACAACAUGGAGGAUAUGAAAUCAGAACGUAGCAAUUCGAAAGCCCAGCCUCAACUCUGUCCUGUUGAAGAUCUGCAGGCGUCUGCACAUGAUGGCGUAGAGGAUAUAAAAUCAGAACGUAGAAAGUCGAUUGUCCAGUCUCGCCUCUGUUUGCCUAUGGGUUCCAAGGGCUGGACAACAAAACUAUGGAAGUGGAGCAGAAUUUGUUGUGCAGGAAAUAAAGAUUCUGAUGAAGAUCUGCAGGCGUCUGCACAUGGCAGUGUGGAGGAGAAUAUGGCAUCAGAAUUUGAUUUAUCUGGAGCUGAGUAUGACCACCGUCUUGUUGAAGAUCUGCAGGCGUCUGCACAUAGCACCAUGGAGGAUAUGAAAUCAGAACUUAGAGAUUCGAAAGCCCAGCCUCAACUCUGUCCUGUUGACGAUCUGCAGGCGUCUGCACAUGACAGCGUGGAGGAUAUGAAAUCAGAACGUAGCAAUUCGAAAGCCCAGCCUCAACUCUGUCCUGUUGACGAUCUGCAGGCGUCUGCACAUGACAGCGUGGAGGAUAUGAAAUCAGAACGUAGCAAUUCGAAAGCCCAGUCUCACCUCUGUCCUGUUGACGAUCUGCAGGCGUCUGCACAUGACGGCGUGGAGGAUAUGAAAUCAGAACGUAGCAAUUCGAAAGCCCCGCCUCAACUCUGUCCUGUUGACGAUCUGCAGGCGUCUGCACAUGACGGCGUGGAGGAUAUGGAAUCAGAACGUAGAAGGAGGAUCGUCCAGUGUCGCCUGUGUUUGCCUAUGGGUUCCAAGCGCUGGACAACAAAACUAUGGAAAUCCAACAAAAUGUGGCCUGCAGACAAUAAAGAUUCUGAUGAAGAUCUGCAGGCGUCUGCACAUGGCAGUGUGGAGGUGAAUAUGGGAUCAGAACUUAGCAAUUCGAAAGCCCAGCCUCAACUCUGUCCUGUUGAAGAUCUGCAGGCGUCUGCACAUGACAGCGUGGAGGAUACGAAAUCUGAACGUAGCAAUUCAAAACCCCAGCGUCAACUCUAUCCUGUUGAAGAUCUGCAGGUGUCUGCACAUGGCGGCGUGAAGGAUUUGAAAUCAGAACCUAGCAAUUCGAAAGCCCAGCCUCAACUCUGUCCUGUUGAAGAUCUGCAGGCAUCUGCACAUGACAGCGUGCAGGAUACGAAAUCAGAACGUAGCAAUUCAAAAGCCCAGCGUCAACUCUUUCCUGUUGAAGAUCUGCAGGUGUCUGCACAUGUCGGCGUGAAGGAUUUGAAAUCAGAACCUAGCAAUUCGAAAGCCCAGCCUCAACUCUAUCCUGUUGAAGAUCUGCAGGUGUCUGCACAUGUCGGCGUGAAGGAUUUGAAAUCAGAACCUAGCAAUUCGAAAGCCCAGCCUCAACUCUAUUCUGAUGAAGAUCUGCAGGCGUCUGCGCAUGGCGGUGUAGAGGAGAAUAUGGGAUCAGAACUUGAUUUAUCUAGAGGUCCUGUUGAAGAUCUGCAGGUCUCUGCCCAUGGCGGCGUGGAGCAUAUGAAAUCAGAACGUAGCAAUUCAAAAGCCCAGCGUCAACUCUAUUUGGUCGAAGAUCUCAGUGAGGGUCCACCUGUUAGUUUUGAAGAUUACAUGACACCGGAGAUGGCAAAGAAGGGAUCGCGAAGCUUACCUCCGUAA